UUAGGAUGCUCUAAAGAUAUCAUAUCAUAUCUUCAUUUGCAUGCAGGUUAUGGACACACUUUCGAAGCUUUCUCACACAACGAUUGCACAACAAACUGUAAGCAGGUCUUUUCCAACCGAAGAAAGUCUUGAAGAUGAGGAUAUCUAUAACCACCUUGAGGACCUAAUAGAUGAAAACCGGGUGGAAGAUGAGGAGGACCUGUAUGACUGCGUGUAUGAUGAUGAAGAGGGCGGUGAAAUCUAUGAGGAUCUGAUGAAAACGGAAGCUCUCGCCCCCCCGGUGUUCCAGAAACAGGCAGAGAUUGACAUCAGAAGUUGCUGUUUAACAGAAAUCAAGCAGACAGAAGAGAAAUUUUCUGACACCCUGGACUCAAUAGAAAAGAACUUUAUGACACCUCUCACUGGGUUUUUAUCCACGGCUGAGAUGGAAAAAGUGUUUGUGAAUAUACCGGACCUGGUGAAAGUUCACAAAAGUUUACUGCAGGAAAUUCAAGACUCAGUCCAACACAGAAGUGCCCAAAAUCUACACCAGAUCUUUAUUGCAUUCAAAGAAAGAUUGCUAAUCUAUGGGAAAUACUGCAGCGAUGUGGAGACAGCCAUUGCCACGCUCGACAGUAUAUGUAAAGACAGAGAGGACGUCCGCAUGAAGCUUGAGGUAAAACGAUUUCUUCUUUUCAGUCACUUCAGUCAGUGAUGUAUUCCAGCAAAG